AAGUGGGUGCGCUAUUAACUUCCCUCCAUUUUGAGACACCUUGUCAAUGUUUGUUUUUAUUUGAUUCUGUCAGUCAGUCUGGGGUUGUGUGUAAACACUCUUGUUUUUAAAAAGUGUGAAUUGGAGAACGGAACGUGCCUGAAAGAAAGAAAAUUGCUACACCAUGGAUGCAGCGGUUUCUUCCAGCACCGAUCGCAGCCUGCAGCAGAAUCCGGCCGUUCGGCGUCGUCAAAUGCGGCAGAAGGUUUUGAAUCGCAUCCGGAAGGUCAACAUCAAGAACAAGGGAGCGAAAAGCUUCUAUUACUUCACGUACGAAACUGUGGCGGCGGACGGCAAGAGCAAAACCUCCGGAUCUACCGCUUCGACCUACUUUUUCAAUGGGGAACCCUGCGAAGGAGACGAACAGUUCCUGAAGCAAAUGAAACGCAGCGUGUUCGUAACUAAUGUAGCCGCCGGAACAAGAAAAUCGGAAAUCAAGGAACUGUUUGACCGGUAUGGUAAAAUAGAGAGUAUCCAACUGAAGGCCAGAAACGGCGAAACCAUCGUUGGACGACAGCACAUUUCUCCGUACAGUCCAAUCGUUGCCAUCGUGAAGUUCAGCAAAAAGGAAGAGGCUGAACACGCAUGCGAGACGAAGGAUGGGAAAUAUCAGGCAAAGUUGGUCGAUUUGCGGUCCAAUUAUGAAAAAGAGAACUGCAUUCGCGUCGACAAUGUAGAUCCUAAGGCAACAAAAACGGAAUUGCGAGAGUACUACAACCAUUUUGGAACGAUUCUCGGUGUUUCGCUGGAGACAAAUGACGGCUCUUUGAUACUGACCGACAAGGAAUAUCAAAAACUGAGUUACGUUUGCUGCUACAUUCGCUUAAGUCGCAGAAGUGAGGCCAAGGCUGCGCGAGAGAUGCAUGAGUACAUUUUUCGGGAUAGGAAGCUUAGGGUGGAACUGGCCUAUCAGAAACAUUGCGAUCCCAACAAAUUGAGCAACAACGUUUUACGAAUGUUUUUCCAAAACGUCGGCAAUGUGGUUGCCCUUGACCAGAUUCCCCACCAGCACAUGGGCUAUGUGUGCUACAAGCAUCCUCUGGCACCGGAAACGAUCAAAAGACUGAAUCAGCGGGUUUACCGCAACAAGAAAAUCCACUUCGAAAAGCUAGACAUCGGCAACUUGGUCAAGAAGCAGACCAAGUCCGGUGGCGAUGCCAUGGACAUUGGCACCAGCAGUAUUCAGGACACAUCUAGCGCUUCAGUCUCAAAUCUGGCAGCGUCGAUGGCGUCGUCGGGAGCAGGACCUACCGCCAAGAAAACGAAAAUGAAGAACCUGCAGAAGAAAAUGGCCAACGCCAGCGGAUCGGUGGCAUCGCCUGCGGGAGCGCCGAAAAAGAAAAUACCCAGGAAGAGUGUCGGAGCAGGGGCCAAGACCAAGGCAAGCGAUAAAGCCGCCAAGGCCACAAAAGACGAGAUGGCGUAAUGAUAACAGUUUGAAUCUUGUAUGAAUUUAAUACGAUUUAAGUUUUUUGAACAAUAGAAUUCCGUUUUACGUCAGUGUACAAUA